CAAAUGCAUUUUAUGGUCGCAAAAGAAGUAUAUAUACAUAUAUGUUCACGCACGUCGCUAAUGAUGCAUAAUCGCGCGUAAGAAACCAUAGAUUGGUGUUGGGGCUUUUCACUAAAGGACUCCAAAAAACCAAGAUGUAAAGUGGGGAGAAAUAUAUAUAUGGAAAACAAAGGAUUGAAUAAGGACGUUUACGGUGCAGGGGAGAGAUACUCCAGUGCCGGCGCUGCUGGAGGUGAGAAAGUUGGCUUCCCAGCGCCGAAAUCCAGUGACAACAGUGCUGCAGUAUUGGACAUCUUAGGUGCUGUAGCAUUCAAUGCCACAAGAAGGAUGGACAAUAAAGGCAUCCAGUUUCUUACGGUUCUCCAGGUCCGUUUGGAAAGACUUGGAAGUAAAAGAGAAAGUGCUUCAAGCGUUUUGAGUGUCAGCAGCGGAAGAAGUUUGAUUCACUCUGUCCUAGACAACGAGACCAUCAACGAGGAACGCGAUAUAUGAGUCAGUUUGAGGAUGGAAGAAUCUGAGUUCCUUCUGAGGAUUGAAGAGGAGAUCCUCAAGAUGGUAAAAUCUUGCGACAUCUAGAAGAACGUUAAUCAAACG